CUUGGAGGCUCCAAGUUGGAGAGCGGCUUGACUGGACAAAGCAAAGUCGAGAAGGGCCAAGUUUUGUUUAUUUCUUUUUCUCUUCUGCGACAGAACUAAUUUUUGAAUAUGUUCGGUUUAAAAAAUUAUAACUUUUGGUGUGGAUGUGGAUGAGUCGUAAUUUCUAAUCAUUCUUAUUUCUUCCCGUCAUGUAGCUCGGAACGAAAAAGUUAGUCGGGUUGAAAAUGUCGGAUGCUGAGGAUAAAUCGAUAGAUUAUAGGUGGUUACGACUUCGGCCCCUAAAUCCUAAUUUACUUACCGAUGAUGAUGACAGUGAUUUGGAUGAAUCUACAAAAAGGAAGGAAAUUAUUGAUCCCUCAAAAGCAUCAGCAGCCAGAAAUUUACGACCGAGAAAUUCAUCCACCAAAACGGGAAGAAGUUACGAUGCCACAUGCUCCGGAUGCGACGCGGAUGCGAGGAGCAUUGCAUUAUGUUGUGAUCAACAGGAAAUCGUCAAAGUAUUGGCCAAAACAAAACGAGUGAAGGAAAAAGUCUUCCCUUCCUUGCCACAAAAAUCCGAAGGUGUUGUUACACGUUCUCAAACUAAGGGGGCAUUUGAGAGGACCCAAACAAAUAAAGAAGAUCGAAGUCCAAGAGUUUGCAGCGUUAACAUCAAAAUAAAAAAACACGGGAAACUUAAGCAUUCCAGAAUCAUCGAAUCUCGCCCAACCUCCCAAAGUCAUAUGAACGAUACGACACCGAGAGCGGAGGCGCCUUUUCGAAUUCGCAGACAUUCCACCAUGCGAGUAAAGAAUAAGCACGAGGAUUACGAAGAUCCAGAGUGGACGCCAAAAAUGAAUAGUAAUCAAAAACGUCAUAAAAUGUCUUUCCGAUUGAGGGCUCAGCAACCUGGUUUCUGGAGUGUCACUCCAGAAACGCCUUCAAGUUCAUCGGUUAACGGUAAAACGAAGUCUUUAGUGUCAGCGUGGCUAGCCGAAUCAUCCACCCCAACUAGACGAAAAAGAGGAAGACCUUGUAUUCCACGGAGACUAUGGGCUCAUAUUGAGUCGUCAGUCUCUUCCUCGGACUGUGAAUCAACUGUUCCGGCUAAAAUCAAUAGGCCCGUAAUUCAGCGCAAAUACUUGAAGAAUGCUAGGAAGGAUAAUGCUGCUCAGUCUUUCGACUCGGGUUCAUCUCAAAGUUCAGAAAUUUACGCAGAUAUUUUGUCCCAACAUACAUUACAACAAAAUCAUACACAAUGCGAUGGUUCCCAACAACCAAAAGUUGAAACUGUAGACCUUUCAGAAUCAUGUUCCCUGCGAUCCGUUGUACAUCAACAAUAUGAAUGUGACGAUGGAAACGAAGUUGCGUCGUCGUCGCCACAAAAUUCAUAGCGAGCUAACGGAAACCGGUAGAUUUCAUCAAAUCAAAGCCUUAGAGAACAUAAAAUCAAGUGAACUUUUAACCAAAUCCUUUAGCCCAAGAUCUCAUACCAAAAAACUUGAAAAACAAAGCGUGCAAAAAGUUAAAGAAACAUUACACAGAUAUUUACGAAUAGUUAAUUUUAAGUCAUAUAUAGAUAGCUUUGUUGGAUGUAAAAUAUUAUGCAGAUAUCGACAAUAUUAGUAAGUACCCAGGGCGCAUAAACUUUUUGUUGUCCGUGGUUUCUCCUAAGGGGGUGAUGAUAAGGUUUCUCCUUAGGAGAAACCACGGACAACAAAAAGUUUAUGCGCCCUGGUAAGUACCAGUUUAGUCGUAGUAUGCCCUUAAAUUUAGAAUUAACACGAAGCUAUUAUGUUUGUAUUUUCACUAUGCACGAGCAGUACAAAAUUUGCUUUUCAUAUUUGAAUUAUAGUGAUAUGUAACAGGAACCAGAACAAACCCACGACAAAUUUAGUAAUCAUAUUAACGUAUGUAACCAAAUGUCUUCUCCUUAAGCUUACUAUUAUGUCGCAGCUAAUGACCAAUUAUGUAAAAUCUGAAUAUAAUGAGUGUUACAUAAAUAUUAAAUACUUACUUAAUUAUUUAAUAAAGAAUACAUACAAAAAA